GCGGCUGUCCGUCCGUCCGUCCGUCAGCCUUUACCUGCUGAAAUGAUGCUCAAAUUCACCUGUCUGCUCGGACUGCUGGUAUGCGGCACUGAAGCUGCACUUCAGGUGUCAAUAUCACUCAAUAAAGUGGAAUUAAGUGUCGGAGAAUCCAAAUUCUUCACCUGCACAGCCAUUGGCGAGCCAGUUAGCAUAAACUGGUUUAACCCUCAAGGCGAGCGAAUUAUUUCGAACCAGCGAGUGGUCGUGCAUACAGAAGGAGUGCGGUCCAGACUCACAAUCUACAACGCCAUCAUCGAGGAUGCUGGGAUAUACCGAUGCCAGGCUGCGGACGCCAAAGGACAAACACAGGAGGCCACAGUGGUAUUAGAGAUAUACCAGAAGCUAACAUUCCGCGAGGUGAAGACGCCUCAGGAGUUUCGUCAGGGUGAGGAUGCAGAAGUCAUCUGUGAUGUUAUCAGCUCACCUGUACCUGCCGUGUCCUGGUUCUACAAGAACAGAGAGAUCACAUCUGAACCAACCAACAGACUGCAAGUUCUUCCCACCAACAACCUUUGGAUCCUGAGAAUGAGUAAAGCAGAUGAGGGGGUGUAUCGCUGUGAGGGGCGUGUGGAAGCCAGAGGAGAAAUCGAUUUCAGAGACAUUGUUGUGCUUGUGAAUGUUCCUCCCAUUCUGUCAGUGCCACAGCAGUACUUUAACGCCACAGCAGAUUACCAGGAGUCCGUGACCUUUACCUGCAUCACCUCGGGCUCCCCCGACCCUCAGGUGACCUGGUACUGGAAGGGUCAUGUGAUCGAGCAAUCGGAGCAAUAUGUGUUGAACACUCUAGAUGGAGGUAAAAGCACGCUGACCAUUAAAAACAUUCGCCAGGCCGACGGAGGACCAUAUACCUGCCGAGCAAGCAACAAAGCCGGGAGCACAGAGAGCCAAAUUAUCCUGAAAGUGUUUGUUCAGCCUCACAUCACUCAAUUGAAGAAUGUUACAGCAGUAGAGGGCAGUGCCGCUAUGAUCUCAUGUACAGCUGAAGGUGAACCGUUGCCUGAGAUUGCCUGGAGAAGAACCAGUGAUGGACAGACCUUCACAGAUGGAGAUAAGAGUCUGGAUGGGCGAGUGGAAGUUCGUGGACGGCAUGGAAAGUCCAUGUUGACUAUCAAUGGGGUUCAACUCUCCGACUGGGGUCGGUUCGACUGUGAAGCUCUCAGCAGGAUCGGAGGACAUCAGAAGAGCAUGUUUCUGGAUAUUGAGUACGCACCAAAGUUCCAGAAUAUCCAAACCAUCUUCUACUCAUGGGAGGGAAAUCCAGUGAAUAUCAGCUGUGACGUGAAGUCCAACCCUCCAGCGACCAUGCUGUGGAGACGAGACCGCUUCACCAUCUCCAGUCCAGGGACCAGUAACAUACACAUUCAUACUGCGGAUGGACGAUCGAUCCUGGAGGUCACUCCAAUGACUGAAAGGGAUUUUGGACGCUACAACUGCACAGCACGAAACAACAUCGGCGCUCGAUACCAGGAGUUUAUAUUAGCUCAGGCAGAUGUUCCUUCGAACCCGUACUCAGUGAGGCUCACCACCGUCUCCCAGCGUCUCGCCACCGUUACCUUCAUGAAACCCGACUCGCACGGAGGCGUUCCCAUCAGCUAUUACAUCAUCAAUUACAAAGACACAAGCUCUCUGGAUUGGAGGACAGUGAGAUCACAUGGAGUUCAGACCACAGUCGUUCUGGCUAACCUGGAGCCCAAUACGACGUAUGAGGUGCGAGUCGCGGCCAUCAAUGGAAAGGGACAGGGAGAAUUCAGCCACACGGAAACAUUCCAGACGCUACCCAUACGUGAGCCGAGCCCACCUACAGUGCACGGACAGAGGGGGAUCGGGAAGGCCUACAGACUGGGACUCAUCAAACAGGAUGAUGGAGGAAUGCCGAUUGUAGAGUACAUUGUCAAAUACAAAACGGAUAAAGAGGAACAGUGGAUGACCAAGUUGGUUCCAGGCAUGAAUGACUUCGCUUUGCUGCAGCCGCUUCAGUGGAACACACGCUACAACGUCGAGAUCACAGCGAGGAACGUAAAAGGCCUGUCAGAACCCACGUUUUUCCAGUUCCUCAUGCCUCAGAAACCAGACAUCACAGCAGAUUCUCUGUUCAGUGGUCUGGGUCUGGGCGCUGUGGUGGGUCUCGGAGUGGCCGGUUUGCUUCUGCUGCUGGUUCUGGUGGACGUCAGCUGCUUCUUCAUUCGUCAAUGUGGUCUGCUCAUGUGCAUCACCCGCAAACUCUGCAGCAAGAAAACGGCCACCAGCGGCAAGAUUAAAGAACUUGAGGAGGGCAAAGCAGCUUACCUGAAACUCCCUCUUAAAGAGGAAAAUGGCAAGGAAGUGCUGAAGCCAGACUUAAUUGAGAUCAAGGUGCACACCGACAACAGCAUCCACAUAACACAAGAUGACAGUGGCAGGAGACUUUCCAGGCCCAAGCAAACUGAGACAAAAAUACAGAAAUAAAAAAAUAUAACAAAUUAAAAGAGAAAAGAAGCUUGAGGGAGAAUCUUCAAACAGGGCGACUAAUUAAGGGCUCAGAUAUGAGCAUGUAAAAAUGUGAAAAGAAUCUAUUUUUUUGUUUUGUUUUGUUUGUUUUUUUGUGAUAAAUCUACUGUCCUUUCUAUUCAAGAUGGCUCCAGCACUUUUGUUUCAUUACCGUUUCUGUCUCUGGCCUUUUGCUCUGUUGGCAGCACCAUGGAAAAUCUACGAAAAUGGACUUGAAAAUGGACUCACCAUUUGAAUUUCCAGAAUUUUCUUCUACUUGCCAGGCAUGUCCAGUGUGAAAUUGGCCCUUUGAGAUGGUACAUCUUAUUACAUCAUCUAUAAUCUUGAUUAUUUCAACAUUUGGGAAUGUUGUCCAUAUGUGUUUGAAGACUUCAUCGGUUUUAGGGUUACUGGUUUCAUCAAGCGUUUGUCCUAUUUGAUGGCAUGAAAAGCCCUCUUGAGUUUUUAAUGCCAUGAUGCCAGAUGAAAUUCCCUUUUGCGGUUUAAUUUAUGUUAAUAAAUGUAUGUAUGUGUGAGUGUAUAUGAGUAUGGCCAGAAAUGUACUUUACUUAAGUGUGCAACCACAGACAUGAAUGCGUUGAAUGUAUUGUAGUUCGCCUCACAGGGCCAGUACUAGGAUGCGAUCUUUGGUGAGGCACUUUAAUAAGUUUAUUAUAGUUUUAAAUUUUUAUUUAGUUUUAAUUAUUCUCAAUCUGUGAUUGUUAGUUAUAGUUUAGUUUAUGGUAGUUUAGUUAAGUUUAGCUUAAUUUAGCUUAGCUUAGCAUUUUAGUUUAAGUUUAGUUAAGUGUAGUUUAGUUCAGAUUAGUUUAAGUUUAGUUUAGUUUAGUUUAGUUUAGUUUAGUUUUAGUUUUAGUUUUCAGUUUUUCUAGAUGUCAGUUUAAUUUUGUUUUCGU